GGCUUUGGAUUUUGUAGAACCCUACGCCAAUCUGAAACAAUUCCGAUCACGCAAAAUGGCCUCCGUCGCCGCCAGAUCAAUAUUCCGAUCAUUCUCCGCCGGCCGGUCUGCAUUUCGUGUUGCCUCAGAAGCCAAAUCGGCGCGUUCUCCAUUUCGCAUCGCCUCCAAUAGAUCUCUCUCACAGUCCCAAUCCACUCUCAGGUUCCCUGUUGAAUUGAGUUCCUGUGUGGAAUCGAUGAUGCCGUACCACACGGCCACUGCUUCUGCACUCAUGAAUUCUAUGCUCGCGAUUUCAACCCGCACCUGCGCCUGGCUUCCUGAAGGUCUGUGAACACCCCUAAAAGCAACUUUGGCUUGCAGAAUUAUGCUUGUCACUUUUGUUUCCAGAAAUUGUGUCUGCCUUCAAUAUUAGAAGACUGUUUGCCACCUUUUACCCUCAGAAUUGUGCUCAAUUUCCUCGUAAAGGUUUUAGCAUCUCAAUCAGGCACGAGAUUAUGUUUUGGAAGUCAAACUCUGAUUUUUGUUUCAGUCUGCAAAGUCUAUGGAGUUACCCGAUUAUUGUAUUUUAACAUAAAGUUGAUUGGUUCAUGUAUCCCGGAUAAUCUUUCACUUUUGUUCAAUUUGUGGUGGCAUAAUUUUGUAGGUAUUAUUUUCAACAAAUAAGACAAAUUUGUAUCUCAUCAGAAGAUAAGCCAUGCCCUGGCUCUAUUCUAUCCACUAUCUUUUU